GGAGAAUGUUGCGAUGACAUGAGCUCCGUAUCUUUCGCAUCGUGCUCCGACGGACUAGUCAAGUGUGUUGGACCCUGCUUUUCCCUUCUCGAUCUAGAAUUUGGGGAUUUGGAGAAGCACCCGGUGGUAGCUACGCAUCUUCGGCCCCAAUAACCCAUACGGACCCCAGCAAAUCUAGUAUUCCCCUCUGCCACAAUUUCUUGUUCAGCACAUCAAGUCACAGAAUCGACGACCUCAUACAAAGCCAGACAUCAAGUGCAAACAACCGUCACCAUGGUGUCCGAAUCCGAGGCGCGGGCCAUCUAUGCCGACUCUAUCCACUUUGAUGGACUCAACAUCUGCAACUUCUCCCGCGAGAUCUUCGAGAGCUGGCACAAGGGGGGCUUCACUGGCGUGUCGUGUACAUGCGGCCUGUGGGAGGGCUUUCGCCAGUCGAUUGCCAAUGUAGUGCAGUGGAAGAAGUGGUUCGAGGAGCAUUCGGAUCUGAUUGUCCAGGCGCACUGCGUUGCCGACAUCCGCGCUGCGAAGAAGGCUGGCAAGACCGCCGUGCUGCUCUCGUGGCAGAACACGGCGGGCAUCGAGGACCAGCUCGACUACCUCCGCGUGUUCCGCGACCUCGGCGUCGUCAAGAUGCAGCUCACGUACAACACCCAGAACUACUCGGGCGCGGGCUACACGGAGCUCAACGACUCUGGCCUCACCGGCUUCGGCAGGCAGGUUGUGGACGAGAUGGCCAAACUCGGCAUGGUCGUCGACCUGAGCCACGUCGGGCCCAAGACGUCUGAAGACACGAUCCUGUACGCGCCCGAGGGCAAGCCGCCGUGUUUCUCGCACAUCCUGCCCGCAGGGCUCAAGGAGCACACGCGCAACAAGUCGGACCACCUGAUCAAGCUCAUCGGGUCCAAGGGCGGGUUUGUCGGGCUCUCGCAGUUUGGCCCGCACAUGGCAAAGGGCAACGACAGCACGAUAGACGACUACGUCGACGCGCUGGAGUAUGUGAUUGGGCUGAUCGGCGAGGACCUCGUGGGCAUCGGGUCCGACUCGAGCGAAGGCCACGGCCGGCCCAGCGACUUUAUGGCGUGGUGCAACAAGGACAAGGGCUAUGCGCGGCAGCUGACGCCAUGGGGCAGCCAGAAGGUGGUCAAGCCGCUGGGCCCGCUGGCCGAGCGGGCAGAGCUGGCGUGCUCGAUGGCCCGCAAGGGCUGGAGCGAGGCCAAGAUGCGCAAGGUGCUCGGGGAGAACUGGCUGAACUACCUCGAAAAGAUCAUCGGAAGGUAGAAUAGUCAGUGUCAUGAUUAUAUCCAAAGUCACGGGGUGGCAUUCAAAUUCUCUUGAUCGUUCUUUGGACAUUGUCGGUGGCCGAGCCUGGGAGGCUAGCUCUAGCCAUCUGCGAAAAGCAGCCUGUCCGCGGACUUAUCAUAUCCCAUGAUGCCCACAACCAACCACAUAUCUUCUUGGCGACCACGGGAUUUGUCGAUAUCAGUCAUUCAAUCACCGCUGCUGAGGAAACAUAGGAAAUCCCGAGAUUGAGUAUACGUG